AUGGCUCGUAUUCAAUUUGGCAUUCUUUCUUUCGACUAUCAAGUCGUUGACGUGGCCUGUCCAACCGACCUUCUCGGCAGUCUCACUAAAGAGUUCUUGGAAGGCAUGCAAACCCUUGGUCCUAUUGAUCAAAGCAUCAUUGAUCGAGCACCCCAAUUCGACUUUCAUCAUAUUGGCAUCACUCGUGAUCCUGUAACCCUUACAAGCUCAAUGAGCAUUGUGCCCACUACCACUGUUGAUGAGUGUCCUGAGCUGGACAUUUUGUUAGUCGGUGGGCCGAACCCACUCACUUUCAAACUGCACCCAAAAUUUGCCGAGUUCAUCCGUCGCCAUGUUGCUGCAGGGAAAUUGUUGUUUACCAACUGCACCGGCGCUUCUGUGGUUGCAGAGACAGGUGUCCUUGAUGGAAAGAAUGCAACAGUUAAUAACGUCGAAUUUGAACAUGCAAAAAAGAUAUAUCCUAAUGUUAAAUGGACGAGAGAGAAGAAGUGGGUUGUUGAUGGAAAUAUCUGGACAGGAUCUGGCGCGAUCGCGGGUAUGGAUAUGUUUGCACACUGGAUAAAGGAGAAUUACGGCCAAGAUAUUCUUAUCCAGGCAGCCAUGCUACUUGAUUACGAGCCAAGAGAUAUCAAUGGCGUACUGAAUGUCAUUCCAAAACGAUACGACGAAAAGGGACAGCAGAUUUCUACUCACGUUUACUCUUAUCAUUAG